GAGCCUAGCCUGGGACCAAGUUGGGGCUGGGGGAGGAGCCCGGAAAGAAGAUAUUUAUAUCUAACAGGGAAUGGCUCAGAAGCAUUUCACAACUGCUUGUUGUAGAGUCUUGUCAGUAGAGCGAACUAGUGGGCUGACCUACCUGCCUGCCAGCCUGCCUGCCUGCCUGCCUGUCUGCCUGUCUGCGCACCCCUGGUUGCCAUGAUGGCCGGCCCCCGAUCUUUCCUACUCCUGCCGCUGCUGCUACUGGCCCUGGUCGUCGCUGUCCACUGUGAGAGUCCUCCCAUGCUGGGCGGUCUCUUCGAGGCCAAUGAGAAUGAGGAGGACGUGCAGCAAGCUCUGAAUUUCGCCGUGACCGAAUUUAACCGGGGCACCAACGACAAGUACGGCAGCCGAGUAUUUCAGGUGUUGCGAGUCAGAAAGCAGGUUGUGAGUGGUCUGAAAUACUAUUUUGACGUAGAGAUUCGUCGAACAACCUGCAGCAAGUCUGUGGCUGACCUUUCAAGCUGCCCCUAUCAUGUGGACCCACUUCUGAAAAAGCACUCCAUCUGCCAGUUUGUGGUGUACACCAUUCCUUGGCUCAACCAAACUAGACUUACGAAGAAUGAGUGCAGAGAUGACCAGGCGUAUCCUUGAACACAUCUGUGACCACUCUGAGCUGCAGCUGAUUUCUGUUUUUUUUUUUUAAAAGAGCAAUAACACAACCUAUUUUACUCAUUAUUACCUAAUGAAUCAAUGUUAAUGCUGUGCAAGGCAAUGAUGUAAUGUCCUCCUAAGUUGGCAAGAGGAAGAAAUAAAAGCUUGUCUAAGUA